AAUUUUCGCAUUCGAAUGUCACUUUUCCACCUUUCUUCUGCGAGAGAUGUGUUGUAUACCGUGGAAAGAAUACUAAAAUUUGCAGAGAAAAUUGCAUCUUAUCGGUGAAUUUGGCACCGACAGUGUGUUCACGAUUAAAAAUAACUUCCGUUGGAGGUGUUUGCCGAGACGGAUCCUAAAAGUAAGCUAUGCAAAAAUAGUUUUUUAUUUUGCACAUCGUUCGCAUCUCCCUGUCGGCUGUGUCGUGCCUGCCGUCGUGAGUGAGUGCAGAGAGCCAGAGGUUUUUGACACAUUCGGGAACAGUCCCUUGCUGCGUGUUUGGUAGUAGGUUGUUUUGUUGUUGCGAACCGUGCUCCAGGAACCGGAGGAUUACGUCGACGGGGCGAAGAUUUGUUUUCGUUAGAUAGCGCGUUGUGGGGAAUCAUGGCAUCGCCGUUGGAGCAUUACGUCAAUCAUGUCCGGACGAUGAGCAAUGCCGGAAACUUCCGGGAGCUGGUUGAAUAUUUGCUGGAAUCGACAGAACUGCUGGCGAAGAACGGUAACAUAUUGGACAAUGUGCUGGAGACGCUCGACAUCCAGCAGCACUCGCUAGGGGUGUUGUUCGUGCUGGUGGUCAAAUUCAGUGAACCGAACAAUCACGACGACACGGAAAAUGUCCUACGGGUUGUCAGAGAGUUCAUUACCUUAUGCAAUGGAGAACAGGUCCGAUUCGCUACACAACCAUACUUUGAACUCUGUCACCAGUUCACGUCGGCGCUGGUCAAAAACAAACAGCGCACAAUCCAGGGCAUCCAGGUGCUAUCACUGGCCGUGGAGAAGAUCCGGCUAUGCGACAACCAGCUAACGCCCGUCCAUGCCGAUCUGUGCCAGUUGUGUCUGAGCGCCAAAGUAUUUAGUCCGGUGCUACGCUUCCUGGAUGUGGACAUUACCUCAAUCGCCACCAUCGAGGACAGUAAUCACGACACAAAAUACUUCCUGCUCUACUACUACUACGGCGGAAUGAUCUAUGCGGCGGUCAAAAACUACGAACGUGCGCUGUACUUCUUCGAAGUGGCCGUUUCCACACCGGCCCUGGCCAUGUCGCACAUCAUGCUAGAGUCGUACAAAAAGUACAUACUAAUCUCGCUGAUACUGCACGGGAAGGUCAUUCCAAUUCCGAAAUAUUCCUCCCAGGUCAUUUCGCGGUUUAUGAAACCGCUGAGCCACGCGUAUCAUGAUCUGUCUAGCGCUUACAAUAGUUCCAACAGCGAUGAGGUGCGGAACGUGAUCAACAAGUACCGGGACUCUUUCAUCCGGGAUACGAACAUGGGCCUGGUGAAGCAGGUCAUUUCUUCUCUGUACAAAAAGAACAUCCAGCGCCUGACGAAGACGUUCCUGACGCUAUCGCUGGCCGAUGUGGCCAGCAGGGUGCAGCUAUCGGGGCCGGCUGAGGCGGAAAAGUACAUCCUCAACAUGAUCAAAUCGGGUGAAAUUUUCGCUUCGAUCAACCAAAAGGACGGCAUGGUGGUGUUCAAGGACGAUCCGGAAAAGUACGACAGCCCGGACAUGUUCCACAAGGUGCAGCAGGAAAUCGGACGCGUGAUGGAACUGAACAAGCAGAUUCUCAAGAUAGAGGAGGAAAUCAUGCUCAAUCCGGUGUACGUCAAAAAAUCGAUGGGCAAUCAAGACGACGAAGUGCUUGGCGGUCAACAUUCAAAGUCGUUCGCGGGCGACCCCACCGAAUAAUGCAACCAGCGGGUGGACUCAACCCAAUCGACUGACAACCCCGAAAGCUAGCAGUAGCAGUAGCAGCAGCAGCAGCAAAAGAAGCGAAAAUCUUAGGCAGUAGUAGUUGAGCAUUAGUUGAAGUGAACAAGCAAACAAUCGAACACCGGCACCAUCAACAUCAACAUCAUCAUCAUCAUUAUCAGACACAAGCAGCAAGAGCAAAUCCCAAAUGACGUGGAAAAUGUGGUAAGCACUUGAGAAAUUAUUGAGCCUAUUCGCUACAACUAUGAACGCUGAAAGCGGCGAAAAAACCAGCAUAAUUUAAAGCCCAGUUGAAUGAAACUUUAUCCCCACUCACUCCCAGAGAGACUCUCAAAUUAAAGAUAAUAGUUAUAAUUGAUAAUCUAAACAACACGACAGAAACGAGAUGAACCAUUGCUGAGCAAAUAAGGGAACCUUAGUUACAGCAUGCAGAAAUGAGAUUUAAACAAAACAAAAAAAAAAAUCGUUGAAUCUAAUGCUUUGUUAAAUAAAAGAAGUAACUACUUUUUUGCAACCUUUAAAAUCUACCUUAGUGGCAGGCUGCGAUGGGCGAGUAAAAGAGGGAGGGCUUAGAAGGGAACCGAAACGAAGAUCAAGCGAGUGAGUGUGAUGUGAUUGAAAAAAAAAAAACAAACAAACGAAGUAGAGAGAGAGGGGCGAGAGUGAGUGCGAAUAACCAAUAAGUUAUGAGAGCGAGUGGCGGCACUCUCAAGCGAAGCCGAGAUUUUGGAAGAAUUCUCUCAAUAAAUCAGUAAGGAAAAAUUAUUGCAAAAAUAUUGAAA